AUGAAAGUUCUAAUCAUCUACGCUCACCCAGAUAAACAAUCCUUAAAUCACUCCAUGUUGGAGUUUACAACCAACUACUUAAAGGAAAAAAAUCAUGAGGUUAAAGUAACUGAUUUAUAUGCCGAGCAAUGGAAGGCUGGUAUUGAUGAGGAUGACUUCUUAAAUCAUGAAAAGGGUUCCAGAUUAUAUGCAAUGAGAGACUCCGGUUCAGCAUAUUUGGCUGGCAUGUUAAGUGAAGAUAUCAAGAAAGAACAAGCUAAACUAGAAUGGGCCGAAUUAAUCAUUUUCCAGUUUCCAAUGUGGUGGUAUUCGAUGCCUGCAUUGAUGAAGGGGUGGAUUGACAGAGUCUUAACCCAAAAUUUCGCUUACGUAAGUGGCAAAGAGUUUGAAAAUGCACCAUUAGCUGGGAGAAAAGCUUUCAUCUUAUCUACCGUUGGUGUUCCAGAGGAAAUGUUCACCAAGGGAAAACUUGGUGAAAUAGAUGAGGUGUUUUUCCCAAUUCAACAUGGUACCUUUUCAUACGCUGGGUUUAAAGUUUUACCCGCUAUUAUUGGUUACAGUGCAGACUCUAGAAGAUCAAACUGUUUCGAAAAAACGACUGAGGCUAUCAAGGAACGUAUUGAUAACAUCGAGAACAUCAAACCUAUUUAUUAA